AUGGCCGUUGACGAGUUGGUAAGUGCCUGUCAAGAAGGCAAAACCCUACACGUCAAGACCCUAUUAGAUGAAGGAUUAAGCCCUCGUCUCGGUCUACGAAAGGCUCUCGAGGAAGCCAUUUUGCAUAAUCACGCCGACAUUGUGAAACUGCUACUCAAGAGAGGCGUAUUAGAUCAGUGCAUGGUGGAAUCAUCAGAAGAUGAAUGCCCUUGGCCACUGGAACCCGCAGAUACUACUGGAAGCUUACAGUUCGCCGCAAUUAACGGAAAGAUAGACGUCGUUAGAGCGUUGUUGGAAUGGGACAUUCGGCUCGUGGACUGUGUGGAUAGCCUUAAACGCACGGCUCUUUCUUUCGCAGCCCGGGCGGGUCAUAUUGAGACGGUACAUGUCCUGCUUGUUGCUACUGCAGAUAUAAAUGCUGUGGAUGUUGAUGGCUUGACAGCACUGGACCAUGCUCAAGCAGCCGGUAAUAGAGACGUUGUUGAGCUGCUAGAGGCGAAGCUUACAAGGGUUGAAGCGUGA